UGGUUCUCCGCCACCGUCGUGCUCAUCCUGACGAACAAGGUGCUGAUGCGAGAGCACUUCCGCCUCCCCGUGUUCCUCACGUUCCUUCACAUGCUCGCGUCGAACCUGUGGUGCCACCUCAGCGCGUACAUGAGGUGGAGCGCGAAGACGCGGACGCGAAACGCGGAGCAGGCGGGGAAGAUCUUCCUCCUGUCGCAGACGCUCGCGCUGUCCGUCGUCCUCGCGGUCGCGUCGUUCAAGUACGUCGAGGUAUCGCUCGAGCAAGCGCUCGCGGCGAGCACGCCCGCGUUCACCGCGCUCAUGAGCAUCGUGAUCUUGGGGAAGAGAGAGAAGUGGAGGACGUGGGUUACGCUGAUGCCGAUCAUGGGCGGCGCGACGCUCAGCGCGGGCGGCGAGCCGAGCGUCAGCGUAUUCGGCGUGUGCCUCAUAUUUUCGUCCAACCUCAUGCGCGCGACGAAGUCGUGCAUGCAGGAGCUCCUGCUGCAAGGCGAAAACGCGAUGGACAGCAUCAACUUGCUGCGGUACAUGUCGUUAUACUCCAUGGUGACGCUGCUCCCCGCGGCGCUCGUGUUAGAAGGCCCGAAUCACAUCGCCGAGCGCGUCGCGUUCGUGAUCGCCGACGCGUCGCUGUCGAAGGCGCUCUUCGCGAACUGCUGCGGCGCGUUUCUCGUGAACCUCAUGCAGUUCAUCGUCACCGAGCACGUCGGCGCGCUGUCGAUGCAGGUCCUCGGGAACGUGAAGAGCGUCUUCACGAGCGUCGCGAGCGUGUUGAUAUUCCGCAAUGAGGUCACGACGCAGGGCGUCAUCGGGUACUCGAUCACCACGGCGGGGGCGUACUGGUACGGGAUGUCGCGGCACCAGGCUAAG